AAACUGAAUAUAAAACUAACUUUACCGUAGUGUUGGAGUUAAGGUUUAAACUCAAGCCCGCUUUCUGGAAUAUUUCGGUAUAGAUGCACAUACCCCCACAUACGUCAGCAAGCGAGAAUACCAGGGAGCUAAACCCGAAAGUGGCUUCGGGUUUAAACCUUAACCAAUGGUAUGGUCGAACUGACCUGCAGAUUGGGUUGUUCACUAUUUAAAUCCAUUAUGCUCAGAUUGUAGUUAUUGUUUUAUAAUUUAAAGGAUACUUAAGCAUCGCUGCUUAAAUCAAAGGUAAUGAAUCUUUUAAAAUACCUAAGAGCAAUUAUAAAUUUCCAUCUAUCCUGAAGGAUUUGUCACCACGUCUGGAUUUCGCCCGUCAAACACUGUUUAACAUUAUUGAUACGAUCGGUGUCAUUUGUGCCUGUCAUUGAAACCGAGGGCGUGUUUGUUAGACAGAAGCACGUGGUCAUGGCCCACCCCUUAUUACGUGACGAGCUUAUAUAACGAGGCGAAAAUCGACACGCGACGUAGUUUGGCACUGAUCGGAUCAGCAGGAAUGUGAAGUACCUUAGCGGAUUACGCGCAGAGCAGAAGACCCACUGACAGCCUGAGGUACUGAACAGAGUGUAAUAGCGACGCAGACCACAGAGCAUCUUUUCUUAGGUGACGGUGUUGCCAUCGAAGACGUCAUUCGCUUUGUGGCUGUUGGAGCAGACAUGCUGCGCAUGCUCACAAUCACCCUCGUCCUGGCUGCUGCGUGGACUUUAAGCAGCAGCCAAAAACGGUGUGAACUCUGGACGUUCGAUAAAAACAGCAGCGAUUUUUGCUGUGAGACAUGCUCAGAAGGCCAUUACCUGGUGAAGAAGUGUGGUCCGAAACCCUCAGAGCUUUGUGAGCCUUGUCCAGCUAAAACCUAUCUCAACAAAAGCAACUCCUCCUGCGUCCCAUGCAGAACAUGCAGAGGUUGGCAGCAGGUGGUAAUGCGUCAGUGUACAAUCAGCAGCGACACUGCAUGCGGCUGCACGAAAGGACACCACUGCGCCAAUUCUGAGUGCUCCCGCUGCGUCGCCUGCGGCGUUGGGGAGGAACUCCUCGAGGAUGACAGUUGUCACAGAUGCCCAUAUGGGACUUUCAAGAAUGAGUCGCUUUCAAGCUGCCGUCCUUGGAGUAAUAGCUGUCCUCGGCAAGGAUGCUGGAUCAUGAUCAAUGGCACCGCAGUCAGUGACAGCAUGUGUCUCGCCUGCCCCAAAGGGAUACAAUGUCCCAGUGUACCGUCAGAGAGCAUGACGAUCAUCAUUAUAGUGGCGGUUGUUUCUUUCUGUCUGGGCCUACUGCCUUUCUGCUUUCACAUUGGGAGGUUCCAUGUGUACAAGCAGGAAAAGAAACCACCAGGCCCAGCGAACGCACCGCAGACCCUCACCUUUCAGCUUGGCCAGCCAGAACAGGAACAGGGAGGAAGCAUGGGCUCUGUCAGCUCUGAAGACUCAGAGAAGAGUCUUCUGUCGGUGUGAGAAGAAACUUGUCUUCACCAUAUCAGACUGAAGCUGGAAACUAUAAACUGGAUGGAGUUAAACAGCAAAACUAUUGAAGAGGCCUGGGAAGUUUUUAAAAGCACAUUGUUGCAAGUGCAAGAGGACUUCAUACCUGUUUCCAGCAAAACUAAAUUUAUGAAACUACAACCAAGGUGGUUUACUGAAGAAAUUAAGAAUAACGUCAGGAGGAAAAGGGCUCUGUGCCACAAAUGGAAAAUAACUAACAAUUUAAAAACUAAGCAGGAGUACCUAAGUCUACAGGUUGAGUUAAAAAAUAACAUUAGACUUGCUAAGAGAUUAGCUGAACUGAAUCUGUUCAACCUCGAGCAAAGGAGACUAAGGGGGACAUGAUCCAAGUAUAUAAGAUUCUAACAGGUCUGGAUGCCGUUCAGCCAAAUGGCUACUUCAAUAUUAGUUUAAAUACUAGAACUCGUGGCCAUAAGUGGAAAUUAGCGGGAGAACAUUUUAAAAUGAAUUUGAGGAAGCACUUCUUUGCACAGCGUGUAGUUAGAGUAUGGAAUAGUCUUUCUACUAGUGUAGCAGAGCUUUAAAGCAGAGCUAGGUAAGAUUUUAACAUCUCUGAGCUAUUAGUUAAGUUCUCCCCAAACGAGCUUGAUGGGCCGAAUGGCCUCCUCUCCUUUGUAAAUUUCUUUUGUUCUUAUGUAACAUUUCUUGGAAUUUUUUUUAAUGAAUUUACAAUGACA